UGGCUACACACAUGCAAUACAGAAAAUGGCGGCCUGAGUUCAACUUUUCCAAAGAUUUUUGUUUUUAAACAUACUAUACUGUAAAGCGUUUCAUAAAACUGAAAAUGGGAUUUUCAAGAUCUGAUGCUUAUGAUAUUUUAGAGUUACCAAUCGGGGCAGAUCAAGAUUCAGUCAGAACAAGCUAUAAAAGGCUGGCUCUAAAGUGGCACCCAGAAAAACACAGUAACUCACAGGAAUCUAUAAAAAAAUUCCAGGAAGUAUCUAAAGCCUACAGAAAAUUAAUGGAAGACGAGGGGGAAGAGAAUCUCCGCAAUAUGACACUGGACCAGAUGAUGCAGUUAUUCAAAGAUGUUUUCUUCUCACAGUCACUAAAUUCUUAUAAUGGCUCAGGAGAUGACUCAUCUGAUGAAGAUUUUGAUGAUGAAGAUGAUAUUGAUUCAGAUGAAGAUCAAUUAACAAAUUUUUAUUCAGAUAGAAUAAGAUUCAAAGAUACAAGAAAAUCUAAAACAGGUGGUGAAUCUCAUUUUAAAAGAUUAACAGUAGAUGAAAUAAAUAGAAAUGCAGAAGAAUUAAUAUCUGAGGAAGAGAAAGAAAAAAGAAGAUUAGAGAAAAGAAAAGCAAAGAAAAAGAGGAGGAGAGAGAAAAAGAAAUUAGAAAAACAGAAAGAACAGACAAAGGUAGGUACUAAUGCAACUGUUUUGUGUCAGUGGUAAAAUUCAGUCAGCAAGCAUUGUAUCAAACAGUCACAAAUAAUGUUGU